CUUGGCCGAUUCGGCCUGAAAUAAAUUUUCUACAAUCAGAGUUUUGCUGCAGUCAUUGCAACUCAUUUCUCUUUCGGUGUUGAUUCUCAAAACUGAAGGAAAAUUCAUGAAGAAUUUCUUCAGAUCUUUCACGAAGUUUGGAAGUGUUAGGGGUUAUGCUACGCAGAGCGGGAAGGAAAGCCUGAAGAUUGAUGGGGUUAAAGAUAUAAUCGCGGUUGCUUCUGGUAAAGGUGGCGUUGGCAAGUCCACUACUGCUGUUAAUUUGGCUGUUGCACUUGCCAGCAAGUGCCAACUGAAGGUUGGGUUGCUCGAUGCCGAUGUAUAUGGACCGUCUAUUCCUACCAUGAUGAAAAUUCAUGAAAAGCCUGAAGUGAGUGUAGGUAAGAAAAUGAUUCCUAUUGAAAACCAUGGAAUCAGGUGUAUGUCAAUCGGAUUUCUUGUGGAGGAAGAUGCCCCAAUUGUGUGGAGAGGUCCUAUGGUGAUGAAAGCUCUUGAACAGAUGACAAGGGGGGUUGAUUGGGGAAAACUUGAUAUACUUGUGGUGGAUAUGCCCCCUGGCACUGGUGAUGCUCAGAUUUCCAUUUCUCAGAGGCUGCAAUUAUCAGGUGCAUUGAUUGUUUCAACUCCUCAAGACGUUGCGUUAAUGGAUGUUCGAAGAGGAGUGAAUAUGUUCUCUAAAGUCGAAGUUCCUAUUUUGGGGAUCGUAGAGAACAUGAGUUUCUUUAGUUGUCCGCACUGCGGUGAACCUUCACAUAUUUUUGGGAAAGGAGGGGCUCGUAAAACGGGUGAUGACAUGGGAUUGAGAUUUCUUGGUGAGAUACCACUGGAGAUGGAGAUAAGAAGUAGCUCUGAUGAAGGAUUCCCAAUGGUAAUAUCAAAGCCUGAUUCAGCGGUCACCAGAGCAUAUGGGGAUGUGGCUCAAAAGAUUGUCAGCAGACUCGAAGAAUUGGCCAAGCAACAACAAAUUCGACCAGAGAUAAACCUGUAAAACCUUGCUCUUGUUUCCUAAGCCGUUGGCCAUGAAUUUUGCUCGGUUUUUCUUCUGUAUUUUAGACUCAGUAUGUCUAGAGUUUUGCUUGUAACUUUACAAAGAAAGCGCAGAGCUGGUUAAAUGAAACAGUUGUUUGAGCUUGCCUCAAUGACUAGUUGAGAACUUAAGAUGUGAAAAGAUUUUGAUUAAUGCCUA